AUGGAAGCGUCGCAACUCCCUCCGGAGAGGAUCAUGCUUCCUCCCAGCCCAGCCGAAUCCGUCGAGUCGGUCGACUCAACAGCGACUGCAACGGAAAGAGAAAGAGGGAAGGCAGAACGCGCCGAGGACGUCAUGAUAACCUUAUCUGUUACCCCCGAACGACCAGCUCCAUCGCGAACCACUCGUCCUCCGUUUCCUCGGUCACAUUUUCGAUCUCGAUCGCUGGCUGAAGUUCCGGGUGUACCCCCCAUGAUGCGCGCUCACUCCUCCCCGGGGUUGGACUCCCGGGGACGAUAUAUAUUCGUCAACGGCCAUGGAAUGCCCACCAACCUGCCUGAUACUCCUUCCAAACGCUUCGUGCCUUUGCAGGUCGCAACCGCAGAGAACUUCCAGGACAGGAUGGGAUCGCUGAACAUCUCGUCGGAGACCAUUUCCGAACACGCCGUGCUCGAUACUCCAAUGAGAUCACCUUCGUACCAGGGGGAAUCGCACGCCACCUCGCCGGUGAUGGUUCCGCAUCACACUUUCCCCCGUAUGGGCCGUCGGCGACCCACGUCUCCCCUCAAUUUCCACACCAUGAAUGGGAAUAAUCAGCCUGUCAGCAGCCCUCCAUCUGGGCAUUCUUCGCCAAUGAUGAUUGGCACGAAAUACAACGAGUCCUUCCCAGGUUAUUCGGCAUCUUCCAACUCAUCCAUGCCUUCGACGCCAACGAGUCUCCGGUCUCGAAGCCCGAGUAUCUCCUCGUUAGAAACAAUUCCCGAUAUCCCCGAUGCAGAAGCCGCGGCCACAGAGGCGGAUCAGAUCGCAGCAUUGAAGAUGGCAGCCGAUAAAGCAGAUGAAGCAGAAUCGGCCAACAACAGUGGAACCAGGCGACGUGGGACGUCAGACGCCUCGGGGCCUUCUGCCUUCCCAACCAUGCGGGCUGGAUCGGGAGGAUACGCUGCUCGAGCCGAUAAGAGAAAACGUUGGAGUGUCUGCGGAGCAGAACGUCGCCAGGAUUUGGACUUGGAAACUAUCUGGGAAGAUUAA